AUGGUCCUUAAAAAAUGCUUCUCUGUGACAGGUGUGGAGGAGAUAUCUCUGUCUGAGCUGAAGGACAAAUGGGAGCAGUCUCUGGGGCCACAGUACGAUGUUCUGGUGGUUGAACUGGACCCUGUUAUUGAAGAUGAUGCUGAACUACAGAAUUACUCCAAGCUGCUACCCAUCCACACCAUGCGUCUGGGGGUGGAGUUGGACUCGUUUGACGGCCACCACUACAUCUCCUCUGUGGCCCCAGGGGGCCCUGUGGCCAAACACGGCCUCCUGAGACCAGAGGACGAACUACUAGAGGUAAACGGGGUGCAGCUGUACGGCAAGUCGAGGCGCGAGGCGGUUGCGUUCCUUCGUGAGGUUCCCCCUCCCUUCACCCUGGUGUGCUGCAGACACCUGACAGAGGAGAACUCAGACUACCAGCCUGACCGGGACGAUGAGUGGCGCUCGCCCAGCACCGCUGCCAGCCUCUCUGAGGACCAAGCCACCCUAAAGGAGAUCUCAGAGGAGGAGCAAGCGCCCACAUACCCCAGCCACCAGAAGGAGAAAGUGCAUGAGGAAGGAGAAGAGGAGGAGGAUGAAGAGGGAGAGCUGGCUCUGUGGUCCCCAGACAUCCAGUUGUUGGAGCUGGAGAAGAGAGAGAGAGGCCUGGGCUUCAGCAUCCUAGACUACCAGGUAGGGGGGGAGAGAGAGGCCUGGGCUUCAGCAUCUUAGACUACCAGGUAGGGA